AUGGAUCCACAGACUGAGGUAAGUUAUUAAUAAUAUUCAAAAUAUGUAUAAUAGAUGUCUAUUAGAUUAAGACUUUUUUCUUAAAACUAUAUGUGCAGCCUGUAAUUUGUAAAACUAAGAUAUACUAAUUUAAAUUUUUACAGCAGCACUUAGUGUUCCAGAAUAUUGAUUUAGUUACAUAAAAAUACAAUUUUUGAAUUCUAAAAUCUAGAUAUAUAUCUAGGAAUUCUUAAUGUAAUAAACUGUAAUUAUGAAUACAAAACAAAGGUAUAGGUACGGUUUAAUAUUAUCUGAUGUGAUUUAUAAAUGAUACCACCAAGGUGUAUUUAUCAGGUGUCAACACUUUGCAUAUCAGUUGAACAAAAUAUGAACAUCAAUUAAAAAAUAACACCGGUGUGACAGAUGAUUUGUACAACACAUGUAUUUUUACUUCAGUGACUAUGAAUCGCUAUAAGUAGGUAAUAAUAUUAUGUAUGACCGAAGGGUAGAAUGUAACCUUGUGUAUAAUAAUUUUAAUGUUAUAAAACUAAGUCAAAUACGCCACUGAUACUAUUGAUACUUGCACAAAUUGGAAAUCUGAAGUACCGAAAUACCGAAUUUUAUAAUUUUAAAAUUUUAUUUUUAGACAAUUGAAUAAGCAGGAUCACCUGUGGUCUUUUCUGUGUAAAUAUCCAUUUUAUACAUAUGUAUAAGCUCAUAUUCAUAACAAAUUUAUAGAUAAUGGUUCUGUUUAUUGCCAUAUUUAAAAUAGCAAUAUUAACUUUUUAUCAUAUUCAUUUAAAAUGGUCAGUGUUAAUGUGCGGUUACAAGAAGUUACAUGUAUCUAUCUACAGGGAAAAUCAUUUCCUAAUUUUGACGAUUCAUACUCACUAAAGGUAAUAUUAUAUUAUGUGAGGUAUUAAUUGCCUGAGAUUUUUCCUACAGGCUAUUUAUAUCUACCGAGGUAAUACCAAGGUGGGUAUUAAAAUUCUGUGACAUUGGAGCUUUGAUUACCUCUAGAGCAGUGGUUCUCAAACUUUUAUGACCAUGGCAUCUUUAGGAAAAAGUUUAUGUUUCGUAGAACCCUAAUGUCUCUAACUCAAACUGAACCCUAAUUUUUCAAUCAUUUAUAGAACAAUUAAUACUAGAAAAAAUGAUUGAACAAUAUUGUUCAUGAUUAUAGUUAAUUACAAUUAGUUUAUAAAAAAAAAAUUUUUAAUCAAAAUUUUACUUAUUAAAAUAACAAGUAUUCAUUAUUUAAUUAUGAAAAAAAAUUUAUUUUUAACAAAAUAUAAUUAAUUAAAUUUUAUAAUAUAUGUUUACUUUUAAAUUUUUUAAUGUGAUGAAUGAAAUUGUUUUAUGGUUUGAUUUAUAAUAGUUUUAAAAUUGGUCUUAUAUAUCUGAAAGUUGAAUUUGUAGUCUAGAGCAGCAAACAAUCUAUGUCUGUUCUUAUUUUUAGUAUAAGCAUAAGAGGAAUAACCACCCUAACAAUGGUAUGUUGUACAAAACGUACUUAGAGUUAGAAUAGCUAUUUCAGCUAGAGAUGGGUAUUGUUAUUGAGUCCAAUCCAAAAUUUGUUCGAAGAUCCGGAUUCAAGGAUGGUUUAAGGAUGACAUCUAUUAAUUUCAAAUUCACAUAUAUCUGGCAGAACCCUUGAGAUUGUUCCAUGGUACACACUUUGAGAACCGCUGCUGUAGAGGGCUCAAAUUACUGUCUCAAAUACACAAUAUUGGAUAUAGUUAUAAUGUAAUUUAAAAUUAUAAUAGUAAUUUUUAACAGAUUGAACCAACAUUUUAAACCGAAAUUACAUCUCUAAAUGUAGAAUUUAUUAUUAUUGUGAAGAUUAUAAAUAUAAUAAACAAAACAUUAUUUUUUUCUGUAUGAAAGUUUUAUUUAGCUUAAUACAUAUUUUUAAAUAUAUUGAAUAUAGGUACUUUGCUAUUCAUACAAUAGUAAUAAGUAGUAAUUAUAUAUCUAUUCAAUAAUAACUAGUGCAUAGGAUAUAAUUUAUUGUCUAUGAUAAUUGGGAACUAAAUAUACCUGGUUAUGAUUUAAAUAUUUAUUUCUUUUGACUGAUAGAAUUUAAUUAGGUACCCAAGUUCCUAAUAGACCAAUAAAAUAAUUACUUGGUAUAAAAAAAUACAUUGUUUAAUUAGGUACACAUUUUGAGUGGUUUCAAAUGUGUUGGUAUUACAAUGAUGUUUAUUUUAAUUUUUUUUAUCUGUGAUCAACUUGUUCACCAGAAAUCUUGCUCAGAUUUACAAUGAUAAUACUUUUUCCAAAAGGAAAUCUAACUGGCAAAGUACUUCAGGGAGAUCAUUUUUUGAUUUUCCCAAUAAAUGGGAAAAAAUGAAAAUUAGGUACAUUAUUAAACAAAUAUCAUUAAAAAGAAUAUGUAUCUAAUUAUUUUACCAUAAUAUGACAUUUAUAUUAUAAUAAAGCAACACUGUUAACUGAACUCUGCUUAGAAUCAAUUUUCAUUAGUAAUGGUUAAUCAUUGCUUACAGGUAUAUAUUAAAUGGCUGCACUCAUCCCCAUUAUCCUAGGACAGCUUUCUUAUUACUAUAUUAAUGUUACUUAUUAUACUAAUAAAUAGACUACCAACUAAAGUAUUAAUUACUUUUUGUAGUAAUACAUCUACUUAACCUUAUUUCUGGAUUACAGUUACCAGGUGGUCCAUUUAAGUGGGUACAUUCAUUAUCUCAGAAGGUAUUAACUUUCUUCGGAAUUUAUUUUCUAGAAAAUUUAAGAAAUAAGCUGCUCUACAAUUUUAUAUUUAUGUUAUUUUUGGGGUAAAACUCUACUACCCAUUUUUGAUUUUUAAAUAGCAACCUAUAUGAAAAAUUCCAUAAAUAGAUGGAGUAUUAGUUAAAAUAAAUUUUAAUGAUGAAAUUUUUGAUUUCUAUCUAGCUGUACAUCCAAAUGAUACUUCACUAAUCUCCUCCAACCCAAACUUAAAAGUGGAAUACCUCCUCAAAAGCUUGAUAGAAAUCAAAAAUGUCAACAUUAAAAUUUAUUUCAACUAAUACUCUAAUACUAAUAGAAUGUUUAAUACAGGUACCAUUUGAAAAUCAAAAGUAUAUAGUGGUUUUACCCAAAACAUAGGGGUGACAAAAAAUAACAUAAUUGUAAAAUUGUAGAGCUGCUUAUUUCUUAAAUGUUCUAUAAAAUAAUUCUUAAAAUAGUUAAUACUUUCCGAGAUACUGAGUGUAUCUGCUUUAAUGGAUCACCUAGUAUAUUUGCUUUUAUAUUUAUUACAUUAUCAUUAUACAGUAUGCAUGCAUGUAUUAUAAUUAAGAUUAAAUUUAAAAUUAUUACUUUUUGAACACAGUAGAAGGUGCAUAUUAAAACAAUUAUAUAUUAAAAUCAAUCGUUUAUUAUAAAUAAUUGAUUAAUUGACACAUUCACCUUAGUCCCAAAGUGUUUCUAAUAAGCACCUUCUACUGUAUUUUCUUCUAAGAUAGAAUCAAAAUUGAUCUUUAAAUUAUAUUAUUUCAAAGGAAGUUACUGAUACUAUCGUUUGUCAAGAUCUGUUAUUAGGAAAAGGUAGAGUAGUGAACAAGAUUCUGUAUCUACCAAGUGCAAGUAAAAAAAUUAAUUUAAUUAAAAUGAUGAUUAAAAAAAUGGGGUAUUCUUUAAAUAAGUAUGUAUACAAAUAUAUUUUGAAUUUUUAAACUUUAUCAAAGCAAUAUUUUAUUUUUUAUUUUUGUAACUAUUUUUAGAUCAUUAGGAAGUGAAAGGAAGUGGACAUUUUACAUUGUUGAAACUGAAUCUCUUAUCAAUAAACAUAUAAAAGAUCUAAGAAACCAUUUGCCAUGGAAUAUAGGCAUAUUUCUUAGUUCUAUAAAUGUUUUUUUGUAUUCUCAAGAGCAAUGGAAGCAAAUAUUGAAUAAAUGUCAUGUAAGUAUUAUAUUAAAAUGUAUUAUUAAUAACAAUUUGUAAAACUCCAGAAGAAAAGGAUAAUAUUUUAACCAGGGUUUUUUCGGAUUUAUAAAAUUUAUAUACUUUUGCUAUUUAUUGUUAAUUAUAUUGGUUUGCAAAUCUGAAAUUUGAUGUGUAUAUAUUUACAUAUUAGCGUAGAUUUUGCAAUAUAAUGAUUGUAUUUUUACAAUCUAAGUACCUUUCACAUUGUUGAUUAUUGAUUGUACAAAUUGUAUUUUGGUACUAAAAUAAAUUUGAGGGUUAUAAUUAAAGUCCGGAUUUUGCAUGAAAUGCAUGUUGCUAUUUUCAACAUCAUAUACAUGCAGUUAAUAAGUGUCUAAAAAUCAUUACCUAACUAAUUAAAUAUCAAAAUUGUAUGCUGCAUAUUUUUGCAUAUUCUGACAUAAGUGCAUAUUCUGCAUAUUCUUGCAUAUUUUAACAAAAAUUCAUGUCGAACAAAUACAAAAAGAUAUAGAUAGGUUAAUAUAUCAAAUAUUUUUCGUUACAAAGAAUAUUAAAAUAGGUUAACUAAACUUACAUAGUGGAAAUUUUCAUUACAUUUUCCAUGUAUCAUUAAAAGCAUCAAAGAGCUUAAAAAUUCUAAUUUGGCACUUGUAGACUCGUUAAACAUUUUAAAACAAGUAGAAAAUUCUAUCAAUGAACUUCCUACGAGCAUAAAUAGUACAAUAAUUAAAACAAAAUUUAAAAAUGUUUUCGAUAAAAAUAAAGGACUAAUGGNAAAUUAUUCACCGGAUGUAUUAGCCAAUUUUAAAUAUGCAUCAAUAACCAGUGUUGAUGUUGAAUGCAGUUUUUCAUCUUACAAGUACAUCCUUACAGAUUGUGGUCAUAAUUUUAUAGAAAUAAACAUGGAACACAUUUUAAUAACUUAUUGUUUUUCCAAUUAACAUGCCUACUACAUUAAAUUUGUCAUUCUUUUUCCCCAUUAUAUACCAAUAUGUACUAUUUACUUAUUUACUUUUUUGUUUACAGAAAUUUUAAUUAAAUUAAUAAUUAAUUAUCACUGUAAAAUUUAAAUAAAAUACAAAAUUUUAAACUUUAUUAUGCAUGUUUUGCUUUUUUUUUUUGAAUAUCUUGUCAUUUUUUAGUACAUUUUUAAAAUGCAUACAAAUCCGGUCUUUAAUUAUAAUGAAUAUACAUAAUAUAUAUAUAUAUUUAAAUCUUAAUUCCCUGAUUUGUUCUAUUAUUUUUCUAAUAUAUUUUAAUAAGAUAAAAUGUUUGAAUAAAUAUAAAGUGUAUACCUCCUUUUAAUAAGUUAUUUUAUAUUGAAUGAUUUGUUUAAUUUUUAUUUAUUACUUUUAGAUUGUGGUUAUGUCUGCUUCCAUGUACUUGUCUAAUUUACAAACUAGCGUCAUAAACAUAAAUGAUGCAAAUCUUAUUAUUUUUGAUGAAUGUCACAAUGCUUUGUCAUCACAUCCACUUAAUCAAGUUGGUUUAUUUUUAAUUUUAUUAACUAAUAAGCAUUCACAUACACAAAAACACCAAAUUGUUGAAACAUUUAUUAAAAUUGCACAAUUACAUAAUUUUAGAUAAAUUAAACUUGAAAUUCAGUCAAUUUAUCUAUUCUUUAAUAAUUACAAAUUUAAAAUAUUCAACUUCAUGUCCAAAACUAGGGAUUUAAUUUAGCGAAAUUACUUGAUUUCAUAAAAAUAUAAUAAAUUAUUAUAGUUUUUAAGUAAACUAAUUAAUGUUAUUGAAUUAUAGGAUUUUAGAUUAUUCCUAUAUAAUACUGAAAAUAGUAAAAAAAAAAAAUUAAAAAUUAAAUAUUAUUUUUAAGCCUAGUAAAGAAAAAGAUGAAUAUAUUGUUAUCUUUUAAACAGAUUACCAAGCCUUCUCAUUACUCUACCCCUUUUCUAUUAUUGGAUCCUCCCAUUUUCUUAUAUCAGUCUUCUAUAUUGUCUGUCAUAUUUUUACAGGUCUUUUACUUAUGACUUAAAUCGAAUAUUUGUUUUAAUUUUUUUUCCAUUUAUCCUCAAUACAUGACCAAAUCAUUCUAACUUUUAACCUUUUACAAAUGUUUUAUAAGAGGAUAUUGGAUUUCCUAUCUAAUAUAUUUUAAACGAAAAAACGAUUUGUCCUGUUAUUUUUCUUUGUGGUGAAGUUUAGUAUGGUUACCUUUUAUGGUUGAGUAGGUAUUUCAUAAGUUGUGUCAGGUAACUCCUGUAUAAUUUCAGUUAAAUUUCUUGAUUAGAGUAAAAAUCGGUUUUGAGCUGAUCUCAAUGAGUGUUUUAUAUGGGAAUUGAUACAAAUUGUUAAAAUAUAGAGCUUAUUAAUUAAUUUGUAUUGUUAAACAUAGUUAAAAAGAUAAUUGAUGUAUACAUAAAUAUGUAUUUAUUAUUAAUAUUCACUAUAUAAGGUGAUCAAUCUAUCAUGAGACUCUUAUUAUCUCAGAAAGUAUUAACUUUUUUUUCGGAAAUUCGUUUUAAAGAACAUUUAAGAAACAAGCAGCUCUACAAUUUUAUAAUUAUGUUAUUUUUUGUCAUCCCUAUUUCUUAAGUAAAACAAACCACUUUCUACUUUUUAUUUUAAAAUGGUAACCUAUGUUAAAAAUUCAAUAAAUAGAUAGAAUGUUUGUUAAAAUAAAUAUUGGUAUUGAAUUUCUGUCAAUUAUUUGAGGAGAUAUUCUACUGUUUAGUUUGGGUUGGGUUAGAGUGGUAGAGCAUCAUUCAUAAUGCAUGAUACAUUUUAAUAAUGCAUUUCUACUAGUAUUUUAAAAUAUUUUGGGCUUCCACUAGAGUUAAAAAUUGAUUCAUUCAAUAGUAACUAUAAAAAAGGUUUAAAAAGAUUUUUACUUUUUAUUGACAGAAAUAUAAUUUAUUUUGAAGUGUUUAACAAUAAAAUAUUGUUUAUUAUUAUUAUUUUUUUUUACAUAAAAUAUUCAGAUAAUGAAGAUGUUCCAUGAUAAUGAUUUUAAACAAAGUAAGAGCCCUUUUAUACUAGGCAUUACUUCUACUUUAAUUAAUACUAAUGUUAAUGAUGUCAAAGAACACCUUAAUGAACUACAAAACACCUUUAAUGCUACUAUACAGACUAGUUAUAAAGGAAAAAUGUCUAUGUAA